UAAGCAAUUUGAGAGACUAGAUUGGCGUUUAGACCGGUCUUGGUCUAGGGAGAAGGAGUGUUAGGUAUUGAUUUGGUUAAUGAUCAGUUUUCUUGGUAUAUAUUGUCAGGAUGGACGAGGGCAGGCAGCCGCUUUCGAGGAAGUUACCUGUUCCUUCAAGCAAGAUAAACCCAUAUAGACUUGUGAUUAUCAUCCGUCUCGUGAUCGUGGGGCUGUUCUUCCACUACAGAAUUCUUCACCCCGUCAAAGAUGCAUUUGGAUUGUGGCUAACAUCGGUCAUAUGUGAAAUAUGGUUUGCCUUAUCAUGGAUUCUUGACCAGUUCCCAAAAAUGUACCCCAUAGAACGAGAAACAUACCUCGAUCGACUGUCACUAAGGUAGCUUGGAACUGCUAUUAUCUCCUCCUACUUUCACAUUUCUUCUUGAAAGAUGUUGACUUCACCAUUUCAUUCUUUGCCAGGUAUGAAAAAGAAGGCAAACCAUCAGAGCUAGCUAGCAUAGAUGUAUUUGUUAGCACGAUGGACCCCAUGAAAGAACCCCCAUUAAUAACUGCGAAUACCGUUCUCUCUAUUCUUGCUGUGGACUACCCUGUUGAUAAGGUCUCUUGUUAUGUCUCUGACGAUGGUGCCGCUAUGCUCACCUUUGAAGCUCUCUCGGAGACAUCUGAAUUCGCUAGGAAAUGGGUUCCUUUCUGUAAGAAGUUCAAUAUAGAGCCCCGAGCACCUGAGUGGUACUUCUCCCAGAAGAUUGAUUACUUGAAGAAUAAGGUCCAUCCCUCAUUCGUUAGGGAAUGACGUGCUAUGAAGAGGGAUUACAAAGAGUUUAAAGUUAGGAUCAAUGGAUUGGUUUCGACAGCACAAAAGGUUCCGGAAGAUGGUUGGACAAUGCAAGAUGGAACUCCAUGGCCUGGCAACAAUGUGCGGGAUCAUCCUGGCAUGAUUCAGGUAUUCCUUGGACAGAGUGGUGUCCGUGACGUUGAAGGAGAUGAGUUGCCUCGUUUAGUUUACGUUUCUCGUGAGAAGAGACCAGGGUUUGACCAUCACAAAAAGGCCGGGGCUAUGAAUGCACUGAUACGAGUUUCAGCAGUGCUGUCAAACGCUCCUUACAUGCUCAACGUCGAUUGUGAUCAUUACAUCAAUAACAGCAAGGCUCUUAGAGAAGCCAUGUGUUUCAUGAUAGACCCAACUUCAGGGAAGAAAGUCUGCUACGUGCAGUUCCCUCAGAGAUUCGAUGGGAUUGAUCGACACGAUAGAUACUCUAAUAGGAAUGUCGUCUUUUUUGAUAUCAACAUGAAAGGCCUGGAUGGUUUACAAGGACCAAUUUACGUCGGUAUUGGCUGUGUCUUUCGGAGGCAAGCUCUUUACGGUUAUGAUGCACCCGUCAAGAAGAAGCCUCCAGGGAAGACCUGCAACUGCUGGCCUAGAUGGUGCUGCCUGUGCUGUGGUCCGAGAAAGAACACGAAAUCCAGUGCCAAGAAGAACAAUAAGAAAUCAAAGGGCAGGGAAUCGUCGAAUCAAGUCCAUGCUCUUGAAAAUAUUGAAGGACAGAAUGAGUUGAUUACCAAGAAGUCUUCGUAAAACGCUAUUCAGGUGGGGUGGACCUCUAUAUCUUCAAGUGGACUUCCCUCCUCAUCCCUCCAACGACACUGUUGAUUAUGAACAUCGUUGGAGUCGUGGUCGGGAUCUCUGAUGCAAUCAACAAUGGCUACGACUCAUGGGGUCCACUGUUCGGCAGGCUGUUCUUCGCUAUAUGGGUGAUCGUCCCAUCUUUACCCUUUCCUUAAGGGGUUGCUAGGGAAGCAGGACAGGAUGCCGACGAUCAUUCUGGUGUGGUCGAUUGACGAUUCUCCUGUCGUCGAUAUUGACCUUGCUUUGGAUGAGAGUCAACCCAUUUGUGUCAAGAGACGGUCCUGUGUUGGAGGUCUGUGGGUUGAACUGUGACUGAAUAAAGAACCACAACAAUGGUGACUGGAUGUUACCAUGCCACAGUGUGUAGAAGAUUGUUGCGAAUGGGAAUUUUUGGUAUGUAGACAUUUAGGGUUUUGGGGGGUGUAGAUAUUUGUAGGGCAAGAAGACAUUGGUCGUUUCUUUUUCUUUUCUGGGUAGUUAAUUCUUUAAUUUAAUUGUUAGCUUGGGAGAGGGUUGUGAGUAUUGAUUGAAGGAUUUUUGUGAAUCCUAAGAGUUGAAUACACCCUUGUGGGAACAUAAAUUCAAUACAAAAAUGCCUGAGAC